CUUGUUAAUCCAACCCAUUAGAGAGAGAGAGAGAGAGAACUAGUAAUUAAUUAAACAUGGAGAAAGCACACACAAAAUCUGCACUCAAGCUUAUUAACGCUAGUUCACAGUCUAAUGUUCCAUGGAGCACUACUGCUAGAGGAAUGGCAAAAGAUGAUCUCAAGGAGAAACUGUGUGACAAAUCCAAGGCAAUCCCAAAACCUCCAUCCAAGGAAAAUACUAAGCCACAAGAAUUCAAACUCCAUACACAACAAAGAGCUUAUAAACGUGCAAUGUUCAAUUAUUCUGUUGCAACCAAGCUAUAUCUCAUGGAGCUGGAAAAGAAACAGAUAGAGAAGAUCCAAAAGAUCAUAGAAGAAGAAGAGGUUCGCUCCCUGAGAAAGGAAAUGAUUCCAAGAGCCCAGUUGAUGCCUUUUUUCGAUAGACCUUUCUUUCCACAAAGAUCAAACAGGCCUUUGACAAUACCUAGAGAGCCAAGUUUCCGAAUGGUGAACAGCAAGUGUUGGAGCUGCAACUCUGGAAAUGAACUCUACCAUUUUCAACAUGCUCAUCAAGAUUGGAACUACUAAUUUUGGCGGUGUUUAAUUUCAUCCAUCUUGUACAACAUAUCUAGUCAUAGAUUUUUUUUUUUUUUUUGUUUUUAAGUUUUGUGAGUGUGUUAAUAAUGUAGCAAGCAACAUAUUAGGUCUUUUAGGGGUUUUUACAUUAGUUUGCCUUUACAUAUAGCCAUAAACCCCUGCUUUCAAUGGGUUUGAUUAAUGUUAUUCUCACAUCUAAUAAUGUGAAUUUUAUUUUUGCACUUCUGUUUCA